GAAAUAUUCAAUUAGUUGGUUAGUUAUUGUUAAAUAGAACACAUAUCAUACAGAGUUUAUCGUAUACAAAAAAAAUGUCAGAAAAAUAUAGUAAAUAUGAACUCAUCAAUCCCGGUUGGUUGACAGAGGAAUUUAUUCAGAAAAUACUAAGGAAUUCUGAAAAAGAUGAAACUAUUAAGGUCUUGUCAUUAGACAUCGCACCGGCAACUUUGAAUAACGAUCACUAUGGCAGUGUUAUGUAUCGGACGAAAAUUGAAUACAAAAAUUCUAAAAAUGAAAACAUUACAUUAUCGUUGAUAGUUAAAACAAUGCCGGAGCAUGAUAGCAUUAAAAAGGAUAUGCUCGAAGGUACGUUCAUUUUCAAAACUGAAAUUCGAAUGUAUUCCGAAACUAUUCCAAAAAUGGAGGCAAUUUUACGAAAAUAUGGAGAUGAUACUGUCUUAGGAGCAAAAGUUUACUAUGCUUCUAUGGAACCACAUAAUGUUCUUAUUUUUGAAGAUUUGGUCGUUAAAGGAUAUUCAACUUUACAAAAUCGUACACCAAAUGAGGAAGAAGUUAAAAGAGCUUUAAUGAAGAUCGCCAAAUGGCAUGCUGUUAGCCACAUCUUAGCAAAAGAGGAACCAGAAAUGAUAACCAACUACAACGAUGGCAUCUUUACCAUUGAUAUGGAAAAAAUAGAAAUGUUUACAACUGCUAUCCCGAAUUUCAUCAAUCACACUCUAAGUUCGGAUGAAGAACUUAAAAAAUAUAUACCAUUAUUUGAGAAUUUAAAAGAAACCUUACUCCCAAGAUGUGCCGAUAUAUGGAAUUAUUAUAAACGUGGCCAAAAAGCUAUUUAUGUUUUAAAUCAUGGAGAUUUUCAUUUUAAAAAUAUGAUGUUCAAACAUAAAGAAUCUGGAGAAUUGGAUGAUUUGAUGUUGGUUGAUUUUCAAACAUGUUAUUAUGGACCAUCAGCUACAGAUAUUAUGUAUUCAACUUAUAUGCUUAUGGAUGGAGAUACAAGAUGGAAUCGACGAGAUGAAAUGAUUUAUUACUAUUUCCAAAUAUUUAUUGAUUGUUUGAAGAAAUUUGACUACAAAGGUGAAAUACCAAAGAUGGUCGAUUUGCAAAUUGAUUUGAUUAAAUGUCGAGCAUUAGAAACAUGUAUGCUUGUUACAUUUUUACCAUUUGUGGCUUGCUUUAAUGACAAUUCUAUUGCAAUGGAUGAUAUUGUUGAAUCACCAGAUUAUCGGUCAAAAGUUUUCGCAAAUCCUGUUGUAGUUGAGGAAGUUAAGAGGACUUUGCCGAGGUAUUUGCACAGAGGUAAUUUGGAGUUGUAGGAUAUUAUUGGGAUGUAUUUAUUAUAUAUAUAUUUUAUAUAAAUUUGUUUAUUUUUUGUAAAUUUUUUCACAAAUUUUUUUUGAUACAAUAAAGUUAUAUAUUUUAAUUUUUUUCAAGACAGUACCUAUAAAAAAUAAA